CUUCUGAGAGGAAGACAGAGAGACUGUUUCACCUCCAGACUUUUUCCAAACGCCUCAUCAUGCAGCAGAAUAUGUCGUUGCUUUGCAGCGCCGUGUGGCUGUUUUUGGUUUACUUUGCUCGGGUGUGUCCCUCUGCUGACAAACAUUCGAAGUGUGGGCACGACAGACACAAUCAGUUCCAUCACACUCAGAAGACGUACGGUGCUAGAAAGUUUUGUGAUCCUUCUUUCAGCAACCACACAGCAGGUGCUGUCACGCAGAAGUGCAGCUCCGGCUUCUACAGAGAGCCAACUGGACCGUACAGGGGUCAGUGUGUGCCAUGUCGCUGCAAUGGACUGUCCAAAGAGUGUGACGAGCACACGGGCAACUGUGUGAACUGUCAGUCCAACACUGCCGGGGACAACUGUGAGCGCUGUAAAGAGGGUCACUAUGGAAACGCAGCCAGCAGGACCUGCCGUGCCUGUCCAUGCCCCUCGACAAGGAACAACUUUGCGUUGGCCUGUCUGGACAUCGGCUCAGGAGAGGUCCAGUGUUUGUGUAGACGGGGCUACAGUGGAGCCAGAUGUGAGAGAUGUGCAUUCGGUUACUACGGGGAUCCAGCGGUGCACGGCGGCAGCUGCAAGCCCUGCACCUGUAAGGACGCCACCGUGAACAUCUGCAAUUCUCUGACCGGAGAGUGCAUCACAUCUGCUGACAGCAGCGGUGGUGAUGGCUGCCACGACUGUGACAGCUGCACUCUCGCCUCACUGGUCGACUUGGAACAGAUGGACGGUGCUCUGGCUCGGCUGGAGAAACAGAUGCAGAACAUCACGACCGGCUCUGGUUCACUCUACAGGCUGAGCCGCCUGAAGGCUAACAUCUCUGAAACCAAGAUUCGGGUCGGGAGCUACAGCACUGCUGAGACACAUCUGGAUCCAAAGGUGGAUCAGCUGGAAGCAGAUGUGGAUGUCGUCGGAGAUGAGUUCAGUCAACUGAUUGACAAGGCAGUUCAUGCUGGAUCACAUCUGGAGACGGUCCUGCAGGAUGUGAAUGGAACAAAGUUAAAUGCAGAGGAUCUUCUCUCUGAAGCCGAAGAUCUCCUCAUAGCCACGCAAGAUUUGAUAAAGCGGCUGACUGAAGUAAAGCCCGAGCAGUCUGCGCCUCUCUCUGAAAACAACAAAGCCGGGAUGACGGAGGAGGCUCGGCGCAUCUUGCAGGAAAUGAGAGAGACGGGCUGCUCUGCUCACAGAGACGAUGCUGGCACAGAGCGAGAGCAGGCACACGCAUGUGAGAAAGUGUUGGACAUCAUCAGGAACAUGGCGGUCCCCGUGGAAACCAGCACGACCGCAGACUCUCUGAUGGAGUCCGAAUCCUUUCUGAGGGACGUGGCUGAUCUGCUGUCAGACGCAGAGGACACAGUCGACAGGACGCAGGGUCUGAACUUAAAGAGCCUCACGAUGCUACAACAGCUGGAGCAUCUUCGCUCUCAGCUGCAGAGAGAAAACAAUACACGCCGCCCUGUGACUGAAAUGACCAAAGAGCUGCUGAAGAACAUCUCAGACAUGUUUUCGAUGCUGGAGGGGAAUAAAAAAGAGUUUGAGAAUCACUCAGCUCAGCUUAAUGGUGCCAAGAUGCAGCUCAUCCAGAAGUUAAACAGCAUGUACCAAAUAUUGUCCAAGUUGGCUAACGUGACUAAGGCCGAGGAGCAUGCAGGGGAGCUCAGCAGGUUGGCAGCAGAGCUACAACAAGUGCUUCAUAAUGCCACCAACAGCUCCGACCUGCUCAGUGCUCUGGGUAUGAGAGCUCAUAACAACAUCUUACAUACAACAGAAAAGGCAGAAAUGGCAGCAAAUCAGUCCAGAGAAGCUGCUGAUCAAGCCUUACAGGAUGCGGAGGACGGUCUGGUCUACAGAGCAGAGGGACUCAAAGAUAACUCAACUCGUUCAUGGACAGAAGCCAACAAGACUCAGAGUGACCUCCGAUCGCUGUCACAAACAGUGAACACCCACAGAGAUCGUGUGAAUAAGCAAAAGGAAAACGGAGAAAAGCUGAGAACAGACAUCUCUGCCGUCAGCGACAACAUCAAAAAAAUCAAAAGAGGUGACACAGAAGUCCUGAUAGAUUCUGCGAAAACAGCUGCCUCUGCCUCCAACUCCUCUGUCAGUAACGUAACAGACAGACUGAAGAAUAUCAGCCAGGAAGUGAAGAAAAUAACUUUAAACAACGUCAAUGUGAAUAUAGAUGAUAUUUUGAUUGAUGCCGACCAGACAGUGAAGAACUUGAGCACAGCUCUUCCGGCGCUGAAAGACAAAAUCAGACGAGUUGAGGCUCUCAGCGAGAAAGUGCCUCCCAGCGCCAACAUGACAGAAACCAUCAGGGGAAUCAAGGAUGUGAUCGAGGAGACAAGAAACUAUGUUAACAGGCUCUCGCUUGCCACCAGCUUCAACGGAAAGGGUCACGUGGAGCUCCAUCCGCCGAGAAACCUCCAAGACAUCAAAGCGUUUACAGCCGUCGAUCUGCUUCUCAAUCGCCAUCAAAACAACCCCCACAAGGCCGAGCGCAGACGUAGGCGACAGCGGAACAAACACAGAGAUGCCAGUGCUUUUGUUUUCUACCUGGGCAACAAGAACGCGUCUGGAGAUUACAUUGGGAUGGCGAUCAGAAGCAACGCGUUGUUUUGUGUCUACAAGUUGGGUGGAGUCGUCCAUGAGGUGGAAACCAUCCAAAUAACAACAACUAGCAAUGUGAACUCCUCAGACUUUGACAGGGUCGUCUUCCACAGAGUUUACCAAGACGCCGAAGUUAAAAUCACGCAGCACUUCACGACGCAGGAGCCCGUCACCCGCUAUCUUAAACAUAACCUUCCAAACACAGCGACCAGCAUCCUUCAGCUGGAUCCGGAGAGUCUUGUUUUCUACGUGGGCGGCUAUCCUGAUGACUUUGAGCCUCCCGUGGAGCUGCGCCACCCAAAGUACAGAGGAGCAAUGAAACUCUCCUACGUAAACGACAAACCCGUCGGCCUGUUCAACUACAAGCGAGCGGUCAACAUGGACGCAAAGCAGCCUCCUGUGACGAUCCGCAGGUCAAAGUUACACAGUUACUAUGACGGAACGGGCUACAGCAUGGCGUUCAUCAAGGAGCUGCACAAGAUCAAAAGGCAGCUCAAGUUUCACACGAACAGCCGAGAGACAAACGCCCUGCUGCUCUACAUCGGAAAUGAAGAGUCUUUUUUCUGUGUGCUGGUGGAGAGAGGCUUCCUGGUGCUUCACGGACGGCAAGCCGGUCGGCAGCUCAGACUUCAAAGUGCCGAACGACUGUCUCUAGUUGACACACAAUUUGCAGUCACUAUUGCAGACAAGUUCAUCCUGUACUACGGACGAAAGAAGAUGUUCACAGAUCACAAACAAACAAACUACAGUAGUUAUUACAUCGGGGGUCUGCCGGCACCGCUCAGACAGAGGCACAACAUCACAGCUCCACCGCUGAGAGGGUGUGUGGAUCACCUGACAGCCGACUUUGAGAUCGUCGAGUUCAGCGUGAUGAUCGGCGUCAGCGAUGGAUGUCCAGUCUCACUGCUGGGUGUCCGUUCAGCCACGCUGCAUUCAGCUCUGUCCGUUGAUCCUCUGUUUGCCGGGUCCGAGCAGCCACUCAGAAUCUCUCUGGGCUUCAGGAGCACAGACCGACAUGGUACUCUUCUCAGGAGCAGCUCUCAGGGCUUCACCUCUGCCCCUGACCUUCAGCUGUCCCUGGAUGACGGCUACGCAGUAUUAAAUAGUGAUAAUUAUACCUUGAGGUCGGAUAAAAGGUACAGUGAUGGAAGCUGGCACUACAUGUCUGCAGUGAUGAGUUCAGCCGGGCUGGAGCUCAGCAUCGACAAUGUGAAAGUCACCCAGGCACGAUCGUCCAGCAGCAGGACACCCAGGAAGAAACUGAAAGGAGGGAAUUUCACUUGCUGCAUCGCUAACCUUUACACAAGGAGCCUCAGGCAGAGCUUCAUACCUGUCGAUCUGAGCUUGUAUUCACUAGCGGAGGAUGUAGACCUUGGCCUGUGUCGUCUCCAUCCCCAACCACACACUGAGGUUUUACCAGCACAUGUACAAAAAAGACCCAAGACACAAAAGCCCAUUCAGGCUCCGGCAGGCAGCCAGUGUAAACACCAGGGAGCCCAACACGGCGAACACCAGCUCUCCGAGCAACACAGCUGGCUCAGUUACACCGUGCCGCAACAGGACCUGAAUCACAGGCCUCACUUCUCCCUCAACAUCAAGACCAAGUCGUCCAAAGGGCUGAUCCUCCACGUGGCGGGGACAGGAGUCAUCCCGCUGCUCGCCGUGUACUUGGCCAAUGGGAAGAUCAGGAUGUCACUUGGGCGGGACCGAAUCAUCCAGCACAAGGAGAAGAGCAACGACGGGAACUGGCACAGAGUUGAGUUCAGCGUGGAGAAGAGCACUUUUCAUCUGCUGGUCGACGGAGUCCGUGUGACCGAUGGACACCUGCCAAACAACGAGGGAUCGUCGUUGGAGCUGCGCAACCCUGUGUAUCUGGGAGGUGAUCCAGUCAGCAGAAACACAAAAGGACACAACGUUCCCAUGGACAGUGUCAUUGGAUGCGUACGGGAUUUCAAAAUGAACGAGGAAGAUAUCGAGGGCCCGAAGGCAAGCAGUAAAACUUCACCCUGCUCCGAUCAGCUCACAGAGACGGGGACGUACUUCGGUGGUGGUCACAUCAUCUUAGAUAAUUACUUCAGUGUUGACUCCCAGUUUGUGUUGGCCUUCGAGUUUCGUCCUCAACACCUGACAGGUCUCUUCUUCCAUGUGCGAGGUCACAAGACCAGACUCGAUGUGUUCUUAAUGGAAACCAAGGUGGGCGUCAAAGUCAAGGAUGGUAACGGUGCUGUCAGCGUCUCAGUGACUCCUCGUGGAAACCUCUGUGACGGGAAGUUUCACGUUGUUACAGUGUCCAGACAGCUUGCAGUCGUAAAAUUAGCGGUGGACUCCACGUCUGAACAGAAAGCUGCGCCCCGUACACCCACCUCACACUCACCACUGGACACGCUUCACAUCGGAGGGACAGCAAAGACAAACCGGCUCUCUGUUUCGUCUCCAUUUGUGGGCUGCCUGCGAAAUGUGAAGCUUAACGGAAAGCCUGUUUCAUUUGAGACGGGAUCCAGGAGGGUUGGACCUGUGAGCUUCAGUAAAUGUCCUGCAUACUGAGGACAUGAGGACGUGUGUUUAGUGGGUGACACACAAACACCAAUGUAAAUCCUAAUGGUUUAUUGCCAUUUGUUCCAAAAAACAAAUUUAAAGACACAGCUUAUUAAAUGUUAUGUGUUAUGGAUGAUGGAUUGUGUAAUCUAUAACUUCUAAAUGUCCCCACAGAUGUUUAGGAGCUUCACAUGGAAUCCAGAUGUUGUCAGUUAUGGUUUGUGAUUGAUUCAAAAACACCAUAAAGACACAUGAAGGUAUUUAAAUGUCACUGCUAAGCCAACAAACAAACAGCCGGUACACAUGUAACCCACAGUGUCAGACCUGACAGCGUUACAGCUCAGCACGCUCAUCGAACGGCACUGAAUGAAAUGUGUCAUUCUCAUUCUGACCAUGAGAUGGAGUGCUUAACCUGAUGUCAUGUAUUCAGUCUCCGAGCGCCCAUAUUUCGCUCUGUGGUUUCUCCUGUAUAGAUUUUUAUCACGUCUCCAUCUUUCUAGAAACAUCAGCGCCUCAUCACAAAGCAACAAACCAUUAUUAUUAUUCUGUUGUUUUGUUUUUUUUUGGGGCUGAUACCUGUGGUUAACCUCCCAAUUAGCACCGUGUGUCAGCUUAAAGUUCAUGCAAUUUGCUCUCUCUACAUGCUGUUUUUCCACCUCAGCACUUCCUGUUUUAUUCUGUUUUAUAUGCACAAAUUGGUGUAAAUAAGAAUUUAAAGAACUAUAAUGAGUUGAAUGCCCCUGUGACUCUCAGUCAGGGUGUUUUGAGGUCACAAAAUGGCUUUCUUUUUUGUUCGUUUGCAAAGCACAUGAAUAUUUAAUCAGACAAACAAAUGUAAUGUGACCAUUUGCAGUGAUGUUGUUAUUAAAUUUAAUUCAGUGUGUUCACAUUAACUGUAUGUCAAUGACAGAUGCUCUUAGAGAGCUUCUGGCUGUUCGGGAGGGGGGGGGGAAUAAAUACAUUAGCCUUUCAAAAGCGUUUCAGCAUUACUUUACAUAGAAUUUCAGGGAUGUAAUUAAAAAUGCCCGACUUUCACUAAUUUAAGAAUUAACAAACACGUGAAGACAAAAAAAGUCUUAAAGGUAUAAUAAAUUAGAUUUGUGUAGUACCUAUGUUGUGUUUUGUUGAGUUAUGUUCUGACAUUAUCCCAGAUGUUUCCAGCAAUAUUCAAACAAAUUUGUGAUUUUAUUCAAGGUAACAGUUUUUCAUUUGGUCUCCCCUCGCGAGAGAGUCAGAGAGUGAGGGGGGGAAGUCGGCGGAUGUGAAUAUACUGUAUUGUUUCACACUGUAGAUCAACUUGUCUGUAAACAUUUCUGCCUGAGUCAUAUCAGAUGGAUUUUCCUUGGCAACUGUGGUUGUCUAACAGUAAAGACAACAACUCUCAUGAUCCCACGCUGCUUCAUUAAAUCAUAAAACUACAUCUUUGCCCAGAAGUUACAUGCUGUGUGUUUUAGGUCACAUUAGUCCCACAAGUUCUUAAUUAUUCAUGUUGUGUACUUCAUCCUUGGGUUUGAGACUCUCUUCUCAGUUAUGUUCCUGAUGGAUAUCAGAGCGCUGGAGAGAUUUUACUCUCAUUCACAUGCAAAUCAAACGUCACAUUCACACAUACAGCAUAAGCUGCUUUUGUUUCUUGUUCCUCUUUCAUCCACUAAAACUGCUUACAUUUGAGCUUCUCAUGUGGAUAUCCGGUGAUCAGAGAGCACGGCCUCCUCUCACAAGUUGCUGCCAACUGCACAUGCAACCCUGAAACACUCAAUGUCAUGACAGUCGUUUGAUUGACAGCAAAUCUGAGCAGAUGUAAACUUCUAUGUCCCGCCCAGAGUCUACAAGAACCAAUGAUAUCUCGUGUAGACAGUGACGCACCCUCUCUUCUCUCUUUCUUUCUUUCCUUCCAGUAAUAUAAAUCUUAGACUUUUUAAAGCUAAACAUGGAAAUUAUACAAAUGUGCAUAUUGUGGGGUUUUUUUUUACAGUCAGCAUCUUUUAUGAAUCCAGCACUCGCACACAACCAGAAAUGACCUUGUGGCUGUGCUAAAAGUUUAAAUCUAAAAGCAUUUCUUUAAAUGAGGCCCACAUUCUAUCAAUCUAUUCACUUUUUUCGGAUUCCUCUGAACGUUGUCUCCCA